ACGUCCCUGCGUUUACUUUGCCCUUCUUCUCUGCACCUGGAGAAGUUAUAGUCGAUCUUCCUCCACUAAACCCUCCCAAUCUAGCUCUUUUCCCAGAAGUGUGGUGGUUCUCUUCUUUGAGGGAAUACGGCUGAGAGGAUUGACCCACAGAUGGAAUACGGAGCUCUUGAUCUAUUCGUCAUCCUCGUUUCGGUUGUAUUACUACUGGCCCUCAGACAACUCCCGAAAUCAGAGAGAAGGAGGGCCUCGGAAUUAACCUCGAUAAACGACCAUCCGAGAACCUCGAGAACUGAGGAUGCUUCUGAAGAAGAGAUAAAGGCGUUAAGGUGGGACUCGGCGUCAACCUCGAAGACGGACGAUGAGUCCGGAGAAGAGAACGAGGCGUUAAGGCGGGACGCAGGGUCAACCUCUAGAAGGGACCAUCUGACAACUUCGAAAACGGACAAUGCGCUUGGAGUAGAGAACGAGGCGUUGAGGAGGGACUCGGAGUCAACCUUAAGAAUGGACAAUGUGUCUGGAGAGGAGAACGAGGCAUUUAGGAGAGACUUGGAGGCAACCUCAAGAAGGGACGAUGUGUCUGGAGAAGGGAACGAGGCGUUCAACGCAUCAGGAAUAGAGUAUGACGUGUUCUUGAGUUUCCGGGGACGAGACACACGUGACAACUUCACCGAUUGCCUUUACCAUAGAUUGAGACUCAUUGGACUCCAUGUCUUCCUAGACAACGAAGAACUCCGAGUUGGUACAGAGAUCGAUGGAGAGCUUUCGAAAGCCCUUGACAAAUCUCGAAUCUACAUACCCAUCUUCUCUCAAAACUAUGCUACCAGUUCGUGGUGUCUUCGUGAGGUUGCGCACAUGGAAAAAUGCACCUCAAAAUCAAAUCGGAAGAAAGAGAUACUUCCCAUCUUCUACGAUGUGGACCCUGAUGACGUUAAGCUCAACACUGAAUUGUACAAAAAUGCCAUGCCCAAGCACGAGGAGAAAUUUGGCGUCGAUGAAUUGAAGCGGUGGGAGGCUUCUCUUCGAAAGGUUGCACGCUUGAAGGGAUGGGAUCUGAAACGGAAAAGCCAAGGAGAACUAAUUGACUCGGUUGUUGAAGAGGUAUUGUGGAAACUUAAUUCUAGAAAUGUGGAUGUGCCUAAAUAUUUGAUUGAAGAUCAUCCUCAGAUAAAAGCCAUAACAGAAAAGUUGAAAAUUGAUUCUAAUGGUGUACGUUUCCUUGGUAUUCAUGGAGGAGGUGGCAUUGGUAAAACAGUACUUGCGAGGGUUGUGUUCAAUAGAUUAUCUCAUCAUUUUGAUGGGGUUAGUUUCCUUAAAGAGGUUCGAGAAUCAUCGAAGCACGGUCUUAUAGACUUGCAGAAAAAGUUAUUAUCAAGUUUUGUUGGCUUUGAGACUGCUAACAAAAUUGAAGACAUUGAAGAUGGGGUGCAUUGGAUCAAGAAAGUAUGUAAUACUAAAAAGGUCCUCAUUGUUCUUGAUGAUCUAGACAAGAAAGAGCAACUCGAAAAGUUAGCCGGAGAAUCUGAUUGGUUUGGUUCUGGUAGCAGGAUCAUUAUCACUACUAGGGACAAAAGUAUCUUGAUGACUCAAGUGGAAUCAUCUAGUGAAGAGGGUCAAAAUCAAACGAAAGGAAUUUUGGCUUAUGAAGUUCAUGAGAUGGAAUAUGGUAGAGCACUUCAGUUGUUUUGUAAGCAUGCAUUCCGAAGAGACUCUCCUGUAAAAGGAUAUGAUCAUCUAGCGGAGAAAAUAGUUUGUAGAGUGGGUAUGCUUCCUUUGGCUAUCGAGGUGAUAGGUUCAUCUCUUUACAGCGAGGGCUUGGUUCUGGAGCAACAUCUUGAUAAAAUAGAGCUAUGGGAAGACACGUUGAAGCAAUUAGAUGAAGGUCCUUACAAGGAUGUCCGAGAUGCAUUAAUAAUAAGUUAUGAACAAUUGGAGCCUAAGCACAAAGAAGUAUUUCUGGAUAUUGCUUGCUUUUUCACCAAUGCAGACCUAACAUAUCCAAUUAUCAUGUGGCGUGAUUGUAAUUACUAUCCUCCCCGUGCAAUUAGUGCCCUCCUCCUACGGUCCUUGAUGAAAAUUAGAGAUGAUAAAACAUUUUGGAUGCAUGACCAAGUUCGAGAUCUAGGAAGGUACAUCGUUCUUCAAGAAUAUCCUUGCAAAGAAAAUCCUCACAAAUUUAGUAGGGUAUGGAAUCACGAGGAUGCCAUAAAACUACUAGAGAUGAAAGAGACAAAUCGAGAUGUACAAGCACUAAGCCUCACUUCCGAUGGCUGCAGCCACAACUUUGCAGCUGAAGAGUUAGCUGCUCUACCAAAGUUAAGGUUUCUUCGAGUGAAAGAGUCCAACUUUUCUGGCAACUUCCAAAAUGUUCUUCCAGAACUAAGAUGGCUUUCUUGGCAAACAUGGAAAAUAACUUUCCGUGCGAAAAACUUUCACUUUAGUAAUUUGGUCGUGCUCGACCUUUCAAAUAGCUUUAUAAGAGAUGACUGGGGUGGAUGGAGCCAAAUGAAGAUGAAUAAAUUGAAGGUUCUAGAUUUGACAGGAUGCUUAUUGUUAAAAAGGACACCUGACUUCUCUAACUUUGCGUCUUUGGAGAUGCUGAUUCUUGCUCGGUGUGUGAGAUUAACCACAAUUCACAGCUCCAUUAGUAAGCUAAAACUCCUAAAAAUUUUGAAUAUCGAAGGAUGCAAGUUGCUUCGGGAGUUGCCUGCACAAGUAGGUUCUCUACAAUCUUUGACUGAGAUUAUCAUGCCCCAAAAUUUUGAACCUUUCAAGCUCCCAGAGACAUUUGGCAAUCUGGAAUCUUUGUCAAGUUUUAUAUUAGACGGGCACCUUGGAAUCAAUCAACUUCCAAGCUAUAUUGGAGGGUUAGUGAAAGUUACACGUUUAUCUUUACGUUGGUGUGUGGGGAUAAAGAAACUUCCAUGCUCCCUUGGAAAAAUGAAAAUGCUGGAUGAGUUGGAUUUAUCAAUGUCAGGAAUAGCUGAAUUACCUGACUCCAUUGAAUAUCUAAAGAAACUAAAAGUGAUUAGAGUAAGCUGUACGGAGAUAAAAAAGUUUCCUCAUACAAUUGGACAGGUGGAGAUGCUUGAAGAGUUACAUGCCCAGAAAUGUUGGGAUCUAACAAAUGAAAACUUGGAGGAACUUGGCAAGCUAUCCAAUUUGAGGAUAUUGGACUUAUCAUAUACUAGUGUAUCUAGACUCCCUAAGGUGCUAUGUUAUCUCUCUUAUCUCCAAACACUUGAAAUGAGUUCCACUCACCUUCAAGAAGUACCAAAUCUUCUCUCAAGUUUGACACACCUUCACUUGCAAGCACGUCACUUCCCAUCUAUCAAUGACCCAAUGGAGGAACCUAACCUGCCUUGGACGAACUAUUUGCCAGAAAAACAAUGGAUCAAUCCACUUCCGUCUGGUUUGUCAACCUUGAAAUUAAGGGGCAUCAAGCUAUUGCCACCUCUUUCCAACUUAAGAAAUUUGUCAAUUCUGUGUGUCAUUGAAUAUCCUAUGCCACACUUCUCUAUCUCUCAAGAGCUAAUCAAUUUGACGGAAUUGAAACUAAGUAAAUGCGAAUUCCUAGCGAAAAUACGCGGUUUGUCAUUUUUGAAGAAUUUGGAGCGCUUGGAUUUGAACAGAUUAGAAAGUCUAGUUGAGAUUCAUGGUUUGUCAGAAUUGGAGUCCUUGCUGCACUUUCGUAUUUCCCAUUGUAGGAUAAAAAACUUGCCCAACUUAUCAAAGUUAGAUAAGUUAGAGCACAUUGAGGUAGAAGCCUGUCCAAAUAUAAGAGUUAUCGAGGGUGUCAAGGGCUUAGAAAGCUUAGAGUUGGAUAAUAAUUGUUGCACUGUCCUAGAAAGAUUGCUGGAUGUCUCAAGAUCGACAUGGCUUUCCCAUAGAGUACCUAAGUGCCAGGUGUUCCUGAGUUUUAGUGGACUGCAAACUCCUUAUAGCAUUGUGGAUUUCCUUUACAAGGACCUUGUUCAUAACCAAAUUUCGGUUUUCAGGGACUAUGAACUAAGCUUUAAUGAUGGAAUUGGUGGGGAGCUUCCGCUGGCACUCAAUGAUUCUGACAUCUACAUACCCAUCUUAUCAAAGAACUAUGCUUCUAAUGGGUGGUGUCUACGUGAACUAACCCACAUGGUAGAACAUGCAUCAAAGUCAUAUGGAAAAAAGAGAAUCCUGCCCAUUUUCUAUGAUGUGGGGUUUGAUGAUGUUAUGCUUUAUAGUAAUUUGUACAAAAGUGUCCUCGAUAAGCACAGGAGGAAAUUUGGCAAUGAAGUGGAGGAAUGGGAAAGGGCUCUAAGAGAAGUUGCAGAUAUGACGGGGUUCCACCUAAAAAGUAACAGCCAUGGAGGACUAAUUGAAUUGGUUGUUGAAGAGGUUUUGCGUGAGCUUAGAGGCAAACAUGUGGAUGUCCGUAAACCUUUGGUUGAAAAUCAUCCUCAGAUAAAAAACAUAAUAGAAUUGUUGGAUGUUGACUCUGGUGGUGUACGUUUCCUUGGUAUUCAUGGGGUGGGUGGUAGCGGUAAAACAAUACUUGCGAAGGUUGUGUUCGACAAUUUAUCUUCUCAUUUUGAUGGCUUUAGUUUCCUCAAGGACAUUGAAGCAUCAUCAAAAUCUCAUGAUGGUCUUUUGAACUUGCAGAAAAAGCUCUUAUCAAGUUUUGUCAGUUCUGGGAUUACUGGCUCUAUUAAGGAUGUUGAUAUUGGGAUUAAGAUGAUCAAAAGAGUAUUUAGUGGUAAAAAAGUACUUGUUGUUCUUGAUAAUCUAGACAAAAGAGAGCAACUUGAAAAGCUAGCCGGAAGAUCUAAUUGGUUCGGUUCAGGUAGUAGGAUUCUUAUCACAACUAGGGACAAAGCAAUCCUGAUGACAUCAAUGUCAUCAAGUAAAGAGGUCCUAAAUCAUCCUGAAGGAAUUUUGGCUUAUGAAGCUCAUGAAAUAGAAUUUGCUCGAGCACUUCAUUUGUUUUAUGAGCAUACUUUUAGAAGUGACUCUCCAUCAGAAGUUUAUGUUACUCUUUCGAAAGAUAUUGUUCAUAAAGGUGCUAAUUUUCUUUUGGCUGUUGAGAUGAUAGGUCCAUAUCUUUUUCACUAUGGAAUUGCCUUGCAGCACCCCUUUGAUGAAAGAAAGCUAUGGGAAAAGACAUUGAGGCAGUUAGAUGAUGCUCCUUUUAAGGAUGUCCAAGAUGCAUUAAUGAUAAGUUAUGAUGGAUUGAAGAAAAAGGAAAAAGAAGUAUUUCUGGACAUUGCUUGCUUUUUUGCCGGCAAGGACAACACAUAUCCAAUUAUUAUGUGGGAUGACUGUAAUUACUGUCCUCACAAUGCAAUUGUUGUCCUCCGCCUACGGUCCUUGAUAAAAAUUGGUGAUGAUAAUAAGUUUUGGAUGCAUGACCAAGUUCGAGAUCUAGGAAGGCACAUCGUCCUUGAAGAGUAUCCUCACAAAUUGAGUAGGGUCUGGAUUUAUGAGGAUGCUAUAGAGCUAUUGGAUAAAAAAGAGGUAAAUGGAAGAAUCCGUCACGUAGCUUUUAUUUGGAAGGAGAAACACAUUAAUUUUUUGCUUUUAUUAUACAGUUAUCUUUGUUUAAAUUUUUUGUCUUGUGAGUGAGGUAGCUCUCUCUUAAACAUUUUGGUCAAAAGGUCCUGUAAAUUGGUGGAGAGAGACAAGACAGAUUGCCCUAUAUUUUGCUUUGUUUCAAGAUUCUAGAGGGUAGAAGAUAGCUCUCUGGAAAUUAUGAAGCAACAAAGAGCCAUUUCACGUGCCA